AUGAAUCUAGGCAAACGCACGGACAAAUUGCUAAUCCAAAUUACCAGCCGCAAGAACACAAUGGCCCAACGUACCCAAAAAAUGGUCAAAAGACUGCCUCAUCUCCUGAAAAGGGCAACUUCCAUCGUAGCGGAGCGUCGACGGCUCCUUAAAGAGCACCAAGAGCUCCCAGGAAGACACCAAUGGGUGCCAAUGAUUCUGUGGAGACUCUACGACGCUGCAGCGGACGGAAAAGAGGAGACAAAGCCACUGAAACGAGCGAUGCACAGCGUCAUGAAGACGCUGAAGGAGACGAACCCAUUCUUUUACCUACAAGUACUGUACCAGCCCCCGCCAUCGCAUUUAAACGAACAGUGGACAGUCACAGCGUCGGAGAAGCUUACAGCCAUCACAGCGAGCAUGACGCCGCAUUUCCGAGCGCUAAACAAGAGAUCGGCGGCGCUUCGGAACAAACGAGACGCGUUCGUGAGGACACGAUACGGGUGGAACCAGCUGCGCGUGACGCUGUCGUUCGCGCGAAGAGCUGCGCGUCAUUUCCACUUGUUGAUAUUACAUAUAUACUCAGUGGCCAUGCAGUGUGACGCGUCGAAUGUAAAUGCUGCAAUCAUUUCAGAACAGGCGACGAGUGGAAUUCUCCGUGACGACGUCGAGUUGAGAGCUCAAUUGAAGCUAAAACGCGAUAGUGUUACUUCAGAGGAUCAUUUACUUAAGGAAAGUUACGAGUGGACACCCGAGCUGUUAGUGUACCUGGAUACAUGGAGAGAAAGUGGACGAGUGUUGCUCGGUUUCGAGCGUCGAGAGCGGUAUCAGGAUUUCUUACCGCAAUUCUCGUUCGGUAGGAAACACAGUCGACGAAUACCACGACGUGACGUGCUAGCGGAGAUCGGAGACUGUUUGCGUGAUGUAGACUGCGUGUGGCGAGCGUCUGGACUCGGCACUUUGAGAGGAGAAUUAAAGGCAGCUUAG